GAACCCUGUGGUCGGACCAGAGAAGUAAAAUUUUGAGCUCGAUCGCGCCCCCUAGCGUAAUCAAGAAUAAAUUUGAACGUCGAACUAAACACCGGAUGGAACGUAGGAGGAGAAGAAAGGAGUCCAGAUUUGUUUACUUUAUUAUCUAGCCACAGAUUAAAAGUAUUGUGCAAUGGAUUCGGCUCUGACAAAGUCAUUAGAAAACUUCAAAAGAAGGGCAAUCGCCACCCCUACAGUCGAAACAAAGAAACGAGACCCGGCGCAAGAUUCUUCCAGCAAAGAUGCAAAGAAACCAAAACUCUCGCAGACCAGCAAUUCGUCGGCUGCCCCAAAAAUCGAAAUCAACAGUUACAAAUCUUCCGCUGGAAGCUCUCAGUACAAAUUUGGAGUGCUCGCGAGGAUUGUCAAAUACAUGCGCCAGAGACACCAACGAGGGGAAACGCACACAUUGAAUUUGGAAGAAAUUUUGGAUGAAACCAACCAAUUGGACGUUGGUUCCAAAGUCAAGCAGUGGUUGGCUACUGAAGCUCUGGUGAACAAUCCAAAGAUUGACGUUACUCCUGAUGGCGCUGGCGAGAAAAGGUUUCUGUUCAAAGCGCCAUACAGGCUGAAGGACAAAAAGAGCCUGCUUCGACUAUUAAGACAGCAAGACUUGAAAGGCUUAGGUGGAGUCUUAUUGGAGGAUGUGCAGGAAUCUCUGCCAAAUUGUGAAAAGGCGCUGAAGGCUCUUCAAGAUGAAAUCAUCUACAUUAAUAGGCAAAUGGACAAGAAAAAAGUGCUCUUUUACAAUGACAGGACUGCAAAUUUUGUUGUAGACGAAGAAUUUCAGAAACAAUGGCGCGCAGUUGCUGUAGAGUCUAUGGACGAUGCCAAAAUUGAGGAAUAUCUGGAGAAGCAGGGCAUUCGGUCGAUGCAAGAUCAUGGAAUUAAGAAACAGGUCAUUCCAAUUAAGAGAAGGAAGCCAGCCAACAGGAGGAAGAAUAUGAAGCCUAGAGACAAUGAGCAUCUUGCGGAUGUGCUUGAAAGCUAUGAUGACAACAAAUAAACUAACUAUGUUUUAAUGCA